AUGGCUUCUUCUAAUAGACACUGGCCAAGCAUGUUUAAGUCUAAGCCCUGCAACACUCAUCACCAAUGGCAGCAUGACAUCAACUCUUCUCUCAUCUCAUCUUCUGCUUGUCACAGAACUCCUUACUCAUCAGGUUGUGAAGAGAGAAGUCCUGAGCCGAAGCCUAGGUGGAAUCCGAAACCUGAACAGAUUCGGAUACUUGAAGCUAUAUUCAACUCAGGAAUGGUGAAUCCACCGAGAGAAGAAAUAAGGAAGAUUAGAGCACAGUUACAAGAGUAUGGUCAAGUUGGUGAUGCUAAUGUGUUUUACUGGUUCCAGAACCGCAAAUCAAGAAGCAAACAUAAGCUUCGUCAUCUUCAAAACCAAAACAACUCAAGGAACCAGCAGAAUCAUAAUCAGAAUCAGAGUCAGGAACAACCACAGCAUAACAAUCAUGCCUCUUCAGUUCCUCAAGCAACUGUUGCACCGUCGUCUUCAUCUUCUUCGUCUGAGAAAUCUCCGCCGAAGGAGUUAAUCCCUUCCAAGGUGUUUUCUCUUGGUUUCCCUAACUUCAAUGACGUUGUGCCUAAUUCUCCAUCCCCUUCUUCUGUGAACCAAACCUAUUUUCAGACACAAAAUGAAGCUAAUCUUCUUCCACCACCACAACCAAGAGUAACUGCACCACCUACUGAGACUUUCUUCUUCCCAGUGCAAAAUCAUGGACAAGGUGUUGUUGCUCAACCUAAUAAUGUUACUUCACAAGGGUUUUGUUUCUCUGAACUCUCAAAUGUUGUUCAUGCUCAACAACAACAGCAUCAACAGCAGCAAAACACUGGUCAUUGCACUACUAGUUUUCUUCUUAGUGAGAUCAUGAACAACCAUGGUGCUAAUUCCUCAAAGAAAGAUCAAGAUCAACAAGAUCAGGAUAAGUCUGUCAAAAUAGUGCACCAAAUCCCUCAUUUCAACUUCUGUUUCACACCUACACCCACAACUACUACUACUGAUGUACCUCCUACUACCUCCUCCACCAUCACUGUUCCAUCCCCUAUCCUUUCUCAACUACAAGGCAUUGGAGAAACAGGUGUUCCUGCAAGGUUAAUGGUGUUCAUCAAUGAUGUGGCGUUUGAGGUAGCAUCUGGACCUUUCAAUGUUCGUGAAGCAUUUGGUGAUGAUUCUGUGCUCAUUCAUUCAACUGGACAACCAGUUUUAACAAACCAAUGGGGUGUAACUCUCCAUUCACUCCAGCAUGGUGCAUGUUAUUAUCUGAUAUAG